AUGCGUUCUUCAUUAUUUGCAGGACUGGUUGGUGUGUCUGCUGUUGGCGCUGUCAAGCCUUUGGUGGAUGUCAGUUACUCCAAGUACCAGGGUGUUCCGCUUGGUAAUGGCAUCACUCAGUGGAUGGGUGUGCGCUAUGCUGCCCCUCCGGUUGGCGACUUGAGAUUCGCGGCUCCUUCUGAUCCGGUCAAGAACAAGACUACCAUCAUUGCUGACACUUCUGGAAACAUCUGUCUGGGGACCGGCUCCGCACCCAGCAACACCUCAUCCGAGGAUUGUCUCUUUUUGAACGUCUUCGCACCCACAAAUGCCACUUCGGACAACCCUCUCCCCGUCUACUUCUUUAUCCAAGGCGGUGGCUUCAACACAAACUCGAACCCCAACUACAACGGCUCCGGUCUGAUCGAAGCCAGCAACCACAACAUUGUCGUUGUCAACUUCAACUACCGCGUUGGUCCUUACGGCUUCUUGGCUUCCAAUGAGAUUGUCACGGGCGGUGCCCCCAACAACGGUCUCAGAGAUCAGAUCAAGGCCCUGCAAUGGGUACAGAAGAACAUCAAGAAGUUCGGAGGUGAUCCCAAGCACGUUACUAUCGGGGGUGCAUCUGCAGGUGCCGCGUCCGUUACUCUGCUGCUCACUGCACACAACGGUCGCAAUGACAACCUCUUCCACGCUUCAGCCGCCGAAUCCCAGUCCUUCGCUGCUGUCCGCAGUAUCAACGAGUCUCAGUUCAUGUACGACAACCUGGUCAUCCGCACUGGCUGCACAAGCUCCAACGACACUUUGGCCUGUCUGCGCAGCCUGAACUCCACUUACCUCCAGACCAAAAACAUCAACACUCCCUUCCCCGGCGCAGAGGGCGCUCCCUUGUACAUGUAUGGCCCUACCCUCGAUGGCGACGUCGUCACCGAUCUCACCAUGGCUGCCUACCGCAAGGGAAACUUCAUCAAGCUGCCUGCCAUCUACGGCGACGACACAAACGAAGGCACUGUUUUCGUCCCCGUCAACACUUCCUCCCAGGGCGAAAGCAACACGUUCCUCAAAAAUCAGUUUCCGCUGUUGACGCUCAGCCAAAUCAAGAAGAUCAACAAACUGUACCCCAAUAAUGCAAGCAACCAGUUCCCUAACUCGGGCGCUUGGUGGAGACAAGCUAGUGAUCAGUACGGAGAGUUGCGCUACAACUGCCCCGGCAUCAAUAUCUCGGAUAUCUACGCCGCGACCUUCAACCGCAAGGACAUCUACAACUACCACUGGGAUGUCGUUGACCCCGUUGCUGCAGCCGCCGGCCGCGGAGUCACUCACACUGUUGAGAUUGCCGCUAUCUGGGGCCCUAACAACACUCAAGGCAAUGCUCCUGCUUCCUACAGCACUACCAAUGCCAACAUUGUUCCUGUCACCCAAGCAUACUGGACUAGUUUCAUCAGAAGCUACAACCCCAACACUUACAGACUCAAGGGGUCUCCCAUCUGGGAAGCAUGGACUCAAGGACAGAAGCAGAGGUUGCAUUUUGUCACUAAUGCUACAGCUAUGGAGAAUGUGGAUGCUGUGCAGAAGGAGAGAUGUGCUUAUCUCAGCAGCAUUGCUCUCGACAUCAAGCAGUAG